CACUAGACUCUGCUAAUCCUUCAGACCACUCUAUAGUAUAUCAGUAUCGCCAUGUCCAUCAGACCUCUCACUACAGCACUCUUACGGGCGGCAGCGCCGUCUCUGUCUCAGAAUGAAGCUCGAGCAGUAGUCGUCUCGGGACAGUCCGGCUCGAUAUCAUGUUCAGGUCGACCGCAACCUCGAAUAGCUCGGUUCAGCACCAGUCAUACCUGGCUAUCGAAAGAUCCACCAAACGCUGCUUCUUCCUCGUCGACAUCACCCUCAACACCUCAACCAUUGCCGGCAACAGCAGCGCCGGCAGCGCCGAACCCGCUCUCUGAGAUGACAUCUCCUUCCUCCCCCUCGGAUCCUAAACCUUUACCUAUCCUACCUCGUCCCCUGGGCCAGCGAGAUCCUCCGACGACGGCCGAAAAGACGUGGCAAGAGACGAAGGAAGAGUUGAUGGAUCAGGGGAAACGGCUGGAGAAACGUCGAGCCCUAGUCAAGGAGGCUACUCAGGGAUACUUCCAUGACUUCCAUCAAAUCCGAAGAGAAGGCGGGCAUGGCGGGAAGACUUGGAUCGGACCACCAGUAUUGAUCCGGGAAGACAAAGCCCGCUACUUCCCUAAUAUUUCCGGGCCUACCCUGACCUCAUCCUCGACGACGCAUACGACCGACCUUUUCCGGGGGAAGAUUAGCGUGGUAGUGGUACUAUCGGCGAGGAUAUCGGAGGAACACGCUAUGAGUUUCGUCGGCGACGUGCUGGAGGAUUGGGAGAGCGCCAAGGGCGCUGCAAGAGGUGAAACAGCAGCAGUAGCAGCAGCAGCACCAGGAGAAGCGGGAAUCAGAGUAGGUGCGGGUUCGGGCGAACGAGAGAAGCUGUUUCAAUACGUUCAGAUCAACCACCAACCGAAUCCAUUGAAAUCGCUGCUCCUGCGACUGUUUAUGUCGAGCUUGAAGCGGACGAUGAAACCCGAACGUUGGCCCGGGUAUAUGAUCGCUGGUGGGGAAUGGGGCGGACUGAAAGAGCCUCUAGGGAUCACGAACAAGCACGUAGGGUACAUCUACCUUGUUGACCAGCAUGCCAAGAUCAGGUGGGCCGGGUGCGGCUUCGCUACUCCCGAAGAGAGGGAGGCUUUGAGACGCGGGGUAGCCGUCUUGUUAGGACGAGCCAAGGAGGGACGUUGAGGCUUGAAGAUGACUGGGUUGUAGCAAUUAGCAUGCAGCCUCUAGCAUAUCUAGCAUAUAGCAUUUAGAUGUGACCUGAAGUAUACCAUCUUUCCGAGUGG